AUGGCCGCAAACGUCGACGGGCUUGGAUUUCUCAACUAUUCACGCCCGAUCAUCGUCCCAGUUGCCUCACCGCCGCCGCCGCGUCCAUUGCGUUCACCAGACCGCGCCCGUACCGACGACGAGCGACCGCGACAGAAUGUUUCUGUGAACAGAGUGCGGGCCAGGAGCGUCCCACGAGCAAGAGCGGUAUCAACCCCCUCGCCGCCGCCGUUUGCAGCCCCGCCGAGCGCAUAUGCAAGUACAAGCCGGAGACAGAGAGAGUCUAUACUCAGCCAGCAAUCGUCCCUCUAUCCUCCGUCCACCGUCACCAGUUCUGCGUUUUCUGGUCCCGAAACGCCUCCAGAGCAUUCUGUUGAACUGCCGCUGCUCGACGCAGACGACGUUUCCUAUCGCCUCAAGCUCCUCGUCAAAAACAAUUACUUUUUACCCCCGCCCCAUGUAAAGCCGACGCAGCUCUCAUCGACACCGCCUACCCCGCACAAGCCUCCGACCCUCCGCACCCUCUUCCGACCCAAUAAAUCUCCCAAGUCCUCGCCGUCUACACCACAGAUACCUGCUCCCGCAAUUUCCAAGCCCCGGAAUACCCGUCCGCAGAAUAGAGUCGUCGUCAUUCGCGAGCAGCUCCAGGACCUAUCUCCAGAGCCGCUCCCUCAGUCCGACGAUGCAAAUAAUACUUUUUAUGACUUUGUAGACCCUACUACGGCCGUGGAUGCCGUCCAGUAUGUCGCACCACCCCGCCAGGUCGUUGUUUCGCCCCAGCAACCGACCGGAGAUUGGCGAAAGGAUCUAUUGCAACAAGCAGUAGGAUUGAGCCUCGUCUCUCCACCCGUCCGAAAGCAAUCCCUGCCCUCGGAGCAAAAUCCAUCGUCGUCGUCAUAUGGCCAACCCAUCACGUCGCUGCCGACCUUGACUGCCGCUUCUGGCGAUGCCAGGCCCCUUCGACUGCAAGAGCCCAAUAGUUCCACUCUCAAUCCGCCUCCGAGACCACGCCGUGAUCGAACACGAAGUGCCGACGAGUCGCCCGUGCAAAGAAGCUCUCCGCCCGCCGAACUCGAACACAGCCCAAAAUCUAUCGUUCAACAUCUUCAGGAACAUUCUGUGGAUUCUGAGCGCACAAGCAUGUUCAUCCGGCCGUCCUUUACUCAGUCACCCCGUCCUUCCCUUUCGCAAUCCAUGCCAUAUGGUGCCAGCCCCUUUGGGCUCUCGACAGAGCAGCCGCGAUAUUCUGCGGCCACUGAAUUUACUCAGUCACACUACGACGACCAGGAAGCUGGGAGAAACACCCCUUCCCGGCCUUCGAUGUCUGCUUCGUCGAUCCACUCUGCUCCUCGACCUUCCAUUUCGGAAUCUCGCGUUUCUCACUACUCUGCCACGUUUGGUGAACGUCGGAGAGAGCCAAAGUCUCGCGCUUCAAACGAUCAAGGCUCAAGCAAUUCAAGUCUUGCUUACCUGCGGUGUCGGUCCCGCUCGAGGUCUCUCUCGCCAUCCAGGCGGACAUCUUCUUCAACGACACAACAAGCACCUCCUCCUCCAGUUCCACCGCUCCCAUCUUCUGAUACGGAAGGCCAUUCAACUAUCAUCUAUGUACACCCGACAGGGGCGCUCUCUAACAGCGCCCUCGGGCCCACCACUCCUAGCACGGCUAAACAUCACACCCCAGUCGAUAAUUCGCCUGUGCCAACGCUCGAUCCUAGGCGAGGGAUCACCAAUUGCCCACCCAUUAGCCCCUCCUCACCUCGUUUCUUUGCCUUUCGAUCGCCCAAGACUGUACCACAGCCCCUUUCCGUGACAGUUGAUGUCGAACCCACGAAUGAGAGUCCGACACCCGUGGAUGCAGCGACUCGUCGAGCCGAAGGAAUAACGGCCGUUGAGCAAUGGCGGGAUACCCAGGCUCAGCAGGAAGAGGCUCGAAAGUUUGACGGCAUGAUCGUGCAGCACUUGGAAUCAGAAAAGGACCGAUUCCGCCAAAUAGCCAACAGAGGCCGUGCGGAAUGA